AUGGAGGAACUGAAAGGCAUCCUGGUAAAAGGAUCUAACAUCAGCUGUGAUAGAGAGGUGUGGUCUGAGGGGACGGUCUGCUUCCAGAUGAGUUUAAAACUCCAUACAGGAGCUUUAAUAAGUUAAUAUUAUUGCCUUUUAGCUCUUUAAACACCAUAACAGCGCUGUCAGGAUAUUACUGUAUCCACAGAAACCAUCUUUCCUUUACACUGGCGACAUGAAACUGCAUUCGCCACAUUUCAGAAGUAGCGCGCUUCAAAAUAAAAGCUCAUAUCACAGGACAGAAUAAAAUACCAAAAUAAAAGCAUGACAAACAAAUGUUAAAUAAUGUCUUCAGUCAGAGAGCUGAUGAUGGAUCAUAAAUCUGAAUAUUUUAAGACAUGAAUAAAAACAUGCUCCACUCUCGGUUUUACUGAUGGAGAUGUUUUAUUUAUCGUCAAGUUUUCCAUGACAGGAAAAUCUGAUAUUAUGUCAGCCCUACCAGGGGUCUCACCUCCAUCGAUAAAUCCAGCUGCAGGUGCAAGAACAAGUAAAUUCAUUAGUUAAGCGCGCUUAUCCCGAUGCGGUCUCUGAAAUGAGACACAGCCCCUCUGACUUUAAAUUUAAGGUUGAUAAAAAUAAAUUUGUAUUAUUAUUUUACGCCUCACAGCCUUAAUGUGCUGUUUUAUUUUUAAUUUUUUAAUUUUUGUUUUUUCAGAAAUGUCUCUUAUAACAUUAAACCACAGUGUUUGUGUGUUUAUUAAUUAGGACUGGGUCUGGCAUCUGUGAAUUAAAACACCAACCAAAUCAAAAACUGUUAUGUUUUAUUGUUUGAUAAAGACUGAAUUCUUACACGUAGAGACAACUCCUGCUAUAUAUUUAACUGGAAAUACGUAGGUGUUAAACGUAUAUAGGUACUAUUUUUUAUAAUUACAAACAUUAAACUUGUGUAUUUUUAUGUUUGUCCACGGACCCUCUUCAUGAAUUAUUAUUUUUUAUUUAAAAAAAAAAAAAUUAUUAAAUAAUAUUAAUAAAAUAAUAAUUAUUACAAAAUACUAUUAUUGUUACAAAAUUAACAGCUGUCGCUUACCCAGGAAAAUAUUAUAAAUGAAAACGGUAAAAGUUGUAGUACCACGACAUGUCCACAGGAGGGCAGCAAACAACCAUGAUCUCCUGAUGUGCUGUCUCACUUGUCACUGGAGGUAAUGGGAGUGUGUGUGUGUGUGUGUGUGUGUGUGUGUGUGUGUGUGUCUGCGGGGCUGAGUGAUUGUCUGAUGGAUGUCACCUGUGCUCACCUGUGAAUUGUUUGUUUUGGUUCAACCUUCAUAGUUUUUAGUUUUCUUGUGUUUUCUGAAAGAAACAAUCUGUCAUGUUUACCUGUUUUAAAGCUGCAUGUAUUCCAAAAUAUUCUGGGCGGACUAAAUUUUUAGGAAACAGGACAGUGAACCCACUUAUAAGACAAAUAUAUGUUUAUUUGUUUUGUAGAGAAACAGAAAAACAAAGAUUUUUUAUAUACAGUUACUUAUUUUUCUUUGACCACUUUCUAAAUUAGCUGAGGCAAAACUUCUAUUAAUGCUAUUAAUUACUGUUAUUAAUGGACUUAAGAGCAAGAAGGCUCCGGAGACAGACUCUGUUUUGGACAAAUAUUAAAAUAAUAUUAUUAUGAUAUAUCCUUAUAAUAUCAUAAUAAUAUUAUUAUAAUUUAUCUUUAUAAUAUUAUAAGGAGAGUUGAUCAUCUGGAUGACUUAUCUUUUCUCUCACUUCUUACCUGGUAUUUUUUUUCUUAAUGUUUUUUGUUUGUUUGUUUGUUUUUGUUGCUGGUUGCUUUAGUCUGUUUGUCUUUUCUUAAUCCCCUGUAAAACAUCAUUGCUAUAUUGUAAAAUGUAAUAAUGACUAUUUAUAAAUAAAAAAAAGAGUUCAGACAGAGAGAGAGGACAUUUGUGUUGAGCGCUGUUUCAGGGUUAACCUGUUUCAUUGAACCAGUUUUUAAGUAUAAAAAGACUUUUUUUCUACAAAUACAUGUAAUAAUGUUAAAAAUAAUCAGAAGACGUUUUUGGUGGUGAAAACAUUGGAAUAUUGUAAAGUUUAAUCAUGACAAUUAAAAAGAAAAUGUAGUUCAGAGAGAGAGGACAUUUCUUUUUUCCUUCAGAGUCAAAAUUGACAUCAAAUUUAUGUUUCAAAGUUUGAUUUAAAUCUGUUAUUUCAUCAUGUUUGAAUCAUAUUUUGCUCAUAUCAUAUUAUUUUAAAACACUCAUCUUGAGAAAAGAUGAAAAUCCUGAAAUUGUAGUGAGCAUGUGUCUCCACUAGAGGGCGCUCUUAUUUAUACGCUUAGACAAAAUGACGGAGUUCUACUUCCUGUAAAGACCUUCUUCAGAGCUCACCUGUCACAGGUGUUUCACCGGAACACAGCAAGAGGACAGGGAGACAACAAACAGUAAGUUUUUUAUUAUUUUUUAAUCUGUAAAGUUUUUCACAGUAAAAAAGUUCCGCGGCUUGUUUUUAUAUCAGAUAUUUUGAACGAGGUUUCAGGUAAAUCCAGGUGGAACAGACGUCCUCAGGUAAAUCUUAGAAACGAGCAGAAAACUGAACAGGAGAACCAAAGUUUAGUCCAAAAUAUAAUAAAUAAAUAAAUAAAUAACGGGUUAAGGAGAAGGUUGACGGUGUUAGAAACUUAUUCUCAACUUCCGGUUCGAGUGUUAUUAAAAAAAUAACGCAGAAAAAAACCUAAAAUAAAACCAGAAACUCUGAGACCUGUCAGACCUGUCUGAAUGAAGUUAUGAGGGAGAGUCUAAAGUUGUCUUUGGGAACAGUUUUAGAUUUUUAGACCUUCAUUUUAUUUACAAACACUAAAAAAAGACUAGAUGUUUGUAAGACUGACCUUUUUAAUCAGACUUUUCACUGACUGUCUUUUCUUAUUUCUCUUGUUGCAAAUGUUCCUUUUAAUCAAAGCUCUUAAUGUUUAUUUUAUGUCAUUUUAUUAAUUUUCUCUGUUCUUAAUCUUUUCUUUUUUACUUCUUUUAUACGAUAAAGAGCUUUUACUUCUCUGUUCAUUUAAUAUUAUUUUCUUGUUUUAGUUCAGCAGGUUUGAGUCUUUUUAUCAUUUUUAUCUUUUAUCUCCAGAGUUUCCCAAAAGGUCGCUCUUUCCUCAUGUCUCAGUGUCAGGUCAUAUCUCUUUAACAAUAUAUCAAAUCAAAGUCAAAUCAAAGUCAACUUUAUUGUCAAAUAUGCUAAACAUGUUAGACAGACAGCACAGAUGACCCACAGUGGGUAAGAAUUAACUAUAAGAAUAAACUAUAACAGCAUAAAUAUAAGAAUAAACAACUAAACAAAAGACGACCUUAAAUACUCUCACUUUACAAAAUAAAGACAACAGUAUAAACAGCAUCACAGUGUAAAUAUAAGGAAGAAGGUGAAUGUAAACAUACAUAUAUAUCUUAAGUUCUCACAUUGUGUGCACUUGUGUGUGUCUGUAUGUGUGGGUGAGUGAGUGAGGGUGUGUGUGUGUCUGUGUGUGUGGGUCCAUAGGUGGGUGUGUGGGCAGAAGGUUCAGGUUUUAUUGUUGUUUUUAACCUCUAUGAGGAACUUUAAACUACAUUUUUUUGUCUGAAAAGUUCCAUAAAAAUAAAGUUAAAGUUGAUUUUGAAUUAAGAAGAGUAUCUUUGUUUUGUGGACAGACCACAUCAGACCAAAACCACAACGAUCAGACCUGUCAGAUUUGGACAAGUUCAGUUAUGAGAGGCUUCAGAGGUUUUCAGAAGUUUUGGUGAUUCUCUGUCUCUGAAACACCUGAAACCUCAGCUUUGUGUUUUUAUUUUUCUAUAUUUGAGGAUUAAUAAUAAUAACUUUAUUAUUAUAGCACUUUUAAAAACAGAAAGUUACAAAGUGUUUUGACAUAAAGUCAUAGAGCACAUGGAAAAGGAUAAAAACAAAACGCUCAGUUAGAACGGGAUUGAAGGUUGUUUUCAUAAGACAAGACCAGAACCACGCAACAUGAAAUGAGACCAUGAGGACCGAAAUAAAAACAGAAAAUAGUUCAGAAAAAAACAAUUAAAAGAGGGUCGAAAGCACAAACAGGGACCAGUCUGCCAACAUGCCGCCUGCUUCACACAGCACAUUCCUGACACAUGACACAAACACACGAGGGGCUGCGACACGCUAACAAAGCUGUGGACCAGCUGCAGGGAACGUCCUGUGACUCUCCAACCUCCAAACCGGCCUGCAGCUACAGCAUGAGGAGCAGAGCGAGCAGACCGGAGGAACCAGAAGAACUGAGAGUUUGUGACGACAUCCUCGAAAACUGACAUGGACAAAAGACGAGAGAUGAAUGAGGCCAAUAAUCUCAGCAGACGAGUGAGUGAGACAGGAUCCACCUGAUUGAACAAGAUCCACCUGACUGAACAAGAUCCACCUGACUGAACAAGUCUGCGAAUGAAUUCAGACUGUAGACGACUUUUUUUUAACCCUCCUGUCACCUUUUUUUACUCAGUAGGGUGCAAAACUUUUCUUUUAGAGAGUGAAAUCAUUUUUGGUGAAGAAGUUUAAUUUGACAAAUAUUUCUAAUUUUGUUUUUCAAAAUUUUUACAAGGUCGAAAAUGCACUUUGGACAGAUUUACUAUCCUUGUGGCUGUUUUUGACCACUAAUAAAACAUUUUUUUCAUAUUUUUUUUGCUCAAAUCUCUUCAAGCUCAGUCCUUAAAAUAACAUUUAUUCUUCUUAUUAUUUCAUUAUGAAUUUUAACCCUUUAAAUGUCAAAUUCAGAGGUGAUGUCAUUGAUUUGGGUAAAAAUCACAGUGAAGAAAGUCAAUGUUGCUACUAAUAUUUGACAUAUUCAAGAGUGUGAUAGCAUGUCAAGAAACUCCAACCUCUGAACUUUUUUUUAAUAAUGAUUUUUUCCCCUUAAAUCAGCGACAUCACCUCUGAAAUCGGCAUUUAAAGGGUUAAAACUAAUAUCUAUUUCUAAAAGUUCAGUAUUUUUUUUAUCAGGACUGAGUUUGAUGAAAAGUUCUGAGAAAAAUAGUUCUAAAAAUAUCCUUAUAUGUUUUUAAAGCAGCUAAAGUUUGUGGACAAAAACAAGGCUGUAAAAUUAGAAGGAAACACAAGAGUUAAAACAGGCAAUCAGGAGUUUGUUCAGUUCAGCUUCUAUAUUCAACCCCAGAUCUCCAAGAGUCGGUUUUGGAAACUGAGGAGAGACCAGUUUUUGAGAUUCACUGUCUUAGUUUGUUCUUCUAAAACUGUCGAUUUGGUUUCCUCUUCACAUGGUUUUCAUCUGCAUGCAGCUACAAACUCUGUUCACACAAUGUGAUUUUGCACCUAUGCGGGGACUUCCACUACAGAGUCUGUGGAGAUCAUCCAGUCUGUGUUUUCAACCUUUCCAUGUUGUUUGGAGAUUUUCCAGUUUUACUUAUUCUUUUGAAAACAUAAAUCCACAAACUGCUGGGGCGGUCCGCAGCUGGAAUGUGAAUCAGCACCUCCAAGUCCGAGGUCAUGGUCCUCAUUCAGAAAAAGGUAGAUUGAUUUUUACGGUUUGGUCUUACGUCAAGUGGAGGAGUUCAAGUAUCUCGGGAUAUUGUUCACGACUGAGGGUAGGAUGGAGCGGGAGAUCGACAGGCGGAUCAGAAUGUUCUUUACAAAGAUGUGAAUAAACAGAUCUAUGUGGGGAGUUUCCUCGGAUCAGAUAAUAUCGAGCUCAUUGACGACAGCUUUGACUUUGAGCCACUAAAGAUGGCAGAAGUUCGACUUUUCUGUGAGUCUGAAGUCAAAGAGGUCUCUGAUGUAUCCUGAUGAACUGUGUCGCCUGUUUGUUUUCAGUGAGUAACCCCAUCCCGUCAAAUCUGAAGUCUGAGGCCAAGAAAGCCGCCAAGAUCCUGAGAGACUUCACAGAAAUCUCCAACAGAAAUGGACCGGACAAACUCAUCCCGGGUAAAAACACAAAAACACAAACCGUCCUGAGGCAGGAGCGAUGGGGGAGUCAGGCUUUUACUUUCACCUGAAUAUCUCAGUGCUGUGAACAUAUGAAGCCUGUUUCCUCCAAGUAACCAGGGUCUUGCAUAAAUGUAAAUAUUGGGACUGAAAAGUGGAGAGAGAGAAAAACGCUAGGAGGGAAAGAAAACCAGGAAGGAUGAGAAGAAGAAAGUAUGUAGUCAGUCCACCACUUCAGGACUGAAACAUGUUAACAAAUGCCGGGAAUCUGCAGACCUGAACUUCCUGCUUUAGUUGGCGGCAUAUUUCUGUCGGCUUCCCAUAAGUCGACUUUGUUUGUUAAUAAUUGUUCUGUUGUUUUCAUUCCAGCACAUGUGAUAGCGAAGGCGGAGGGUCUUGCCAUCAUCUCUGUCAUCAAGGCCGGCUUUAUGAUCACCGCCAGAGGAGGCAGCGGCAUCGUGAUCGCUCGACUCGCCGACAGACGUAUGUCUAAAUGAAAACCUUAAAAACACUUUUUCCUGGAUUUAAACGUUAACAUGAGACUUAAGACAACCAAGUUAUCGCCUACCUCCGAUUAAAACCUGGAUAACUGAAGUGCAUGUAAACAUCUUCGACUAUAAUCGGAGUUUGAGAACUAAAAUAUCACAGUUUUGUUUCAGUCAAAUUCUCCUUUUUGGUGUUAAAAUGUCUAAAAACAACAUCUCUGCUUCUGUCUGUGUUCAGGCUGGUCUGCACCGUCCGCCAUCGGCAUCGCUGGUCUGGGUGGAGGCUUUGAGAUCGGGGUGGAGGUGACUGAUGACACACAAAACAAAAACCUCUAAUUAUUUAAUUAAAAUCCAUUAAAUGAGCGUAGACCUGAUUAAAUGUCUGUCUCAGGUGUCAGACCUGGUGAUCAUCCUGAACCAGCGCAGAGCCAUCGAGGCGUUCACUAAAGGCGGGAACCUGACGCUGGGUGGGAACUGCACCGUUGCCGUUGGACCCAUGGGCAGGUGAGCACCUCUUCUAUGUAACACUGAGACUAAAGACGGUCAAUUCUUACACAUCAGAAGUGUAUUUUACCUUUUCAUGAUCCUCGUAGUUAAUCUGGACAGUUACCAGUCCCUCCAGUUGAUCAGGUAUUUCUGUCUUGUUCAGGAACGUGGAGGCUGAUGUGGCGCUCCGCAGCACGGCGGCGGUCUUCACCUACUGCAGAUCCAGAGGUUUGUUCGCCGGGAUUUCCCUGGAGGGAUCUUACCUGAUCGAGCGCAAAGAGACAAACCGCAAGUAAGAACAAAAUCUACCUGCCGUCCUCUGUCCCCAAAGGCCUGUUGGUCUAAAGUCGUCAUUGUUUUCUUCCGCUUGUCUGGGUCCGGGUCGCGGGGGCAGCAGCCUUAGGAGGAAAGCCCAGAUAGUCCACACCCCAGCCACUUAAACCAGCUCCUUCAGGGGGGGAUUCCCAGGUGCUCCCAGGCCAGGCGAGAGAUAUAAUCCCUCCACCUGGUCCUGGGCCGGCCACGAGGUCUCCUCCCGGUGGGACUUGUCUGGAACACCUCUAACGGGAGGCGUCCAGAAGGCGUCCUAACCAGAUGCCCGAGCCACCUCAGCUGACUCCUCUUAACGUGGAGGAGCAGCGGUUCUCCUCUGAGCGCCUCCUGAGUGUCUGAGCUCCUUACCCGAUCUCUAAGGCUGAGCCCGGACACCUUGAGGAGGAAACCCAUUUCCGCCGCUUGUAUCUGCGAUCUUGUUCUUUCGGUUCAUGACCAUAGGUGAGGAUCGGCACGUAGAUCGACCGGUAAAUCGAGAGUCUGACGUUGCAGCUCAGCUCUUUCUUCACCGCGACUGAUCGGUUAAGCGUCCGCAUCACUGCUGACGCCGCUCCGAUCUGCCUGUCGAUCUCCCGCUCCAUCCUACCCUCACUCGUGAACAAGAUCCUGAGAUACUUGAACUCCUCCACUUGAGGCAGGACCUCCGACCUCCGUCCGACCGGGAGAAGACAAUCUACCUUUUUCUGGCUGAGGACCAUGGCCUCGGACUUGGAGGUGCUGAUUCACAUCCCAGCCGCUUCACACUCGGCCGCGAACCGCCUCAGUAAGACCUGAAGGUCACUGCUCGACGAAACUAGAAGAAUCACAUCAUCUGCAAAAAGCAGCGACGCGAUCCUCUGCCUGCCAAACUGGACACCCUCCACCCCUCAGCUGCACCUUGAAAUUCUGUCCAUAAAGGUUCCAAACAGAACCGGUGACAAAGGGCAGCCCUAGUGGAGUCCAACCCUCACUGGAAACGAAUCCGACUUCCAACCCGCUACACGGACCAAGCUCGUGCUCCUUUGGUAAAGGGACUGGACGGCCCUUAAGAAGGGACCGUCCACCCUGUUCUCCUGGAGCACCCCCCACAGGAUUCCCCUGGGGACACGGUUGUAGGCCUUCUCCGAGUCCAAAAGACAUGUGGACUGGUUGGGCAAACUCCCAUCUCCCCUCAAGACCCCGAAUGAGGGUAAAGAGUUGAUCUGUAGUUCUGCGACCGGGACAAAAUCUGCAUUGUUCCUCCUCGAUCGGAGGUUCAACUAUCGAUCGGACCCUCUUUUCCAGCACCCUGCUGUAAGCUUUCCAGGUAGGCUGAGGAGUGUGAUCCCCCUAUAGUUGGAACACACCUUCUGGUCCCCUUUCUUAAAGAUAGGGACCACCACCCCGGUCUGCCACUCCAGUGGGCAAAGGUCUAAAGUGUGUUUGUGAAAAAUGAGUGUUUUUGUGUGUGUGGCUGCAGGUUUUACGGCAGAGACAUCCGCGCUUCGGCCAUUUUGAACGGCGAUGUGGAGCCGCCGUCAGAAUGCUUUGCCCUGUACCACAUCCUGGACACCUACAGUGAGGCUUACUGUGCGGACUGGACCACCAAGAACAUGCCGCAGAAGGUGACACAUCCACACCUGAAAUACACAUUUUUGAGUUUGAACAACAAAUAUGGGAGUAGAUUAAAACCUCCGUCUCUUUUCAGUCAUCUGUUCCUCCUGCAAGACCUCCAGCCCCAUCCCCGAGACCACCAACGCACUACCAACAACCAGCUGCUAACUACCAACAACCAGCUGCUAACUACCAACAACCAGCAGCUAACUACCAACAACCAGCUGCUAACUACCAACAACAACCAGCAGCUAGCUACCAACAACCAGCUGCAGAUCUCCCAGGUGACAUCUCGCCGGAAUACGAGUGUUAAAAUCGUGAAGAUAUGACAAAAGUACAGAGUAAUAAUCUGUGUGUGUGUGUGUGUGUGUGUGUGUGUGUGUGUGUGUGUGUGUGUGUGUGUGUGUGUGUGUGUGUGUGUGUGUGUGUGUGUGUGUGUGUGUGUGUGUGUCCAGGUUCAUCCAGUCAAAGCAGACUCUACCCGAGCGUCUCCAUCUACAAAUCUGAGACUUCAAGUGAGUCUCAUCUAGACCAGCUCCUUUUGUCUCCUUCUAUUCCUCCUUCCUCUCUUCACUCCUAACCUUCUUCCUUUCCAACACUUUUUUGCCUUGCCUCCUUCUUUCCUUAUCUUGUCACAUUUUUUCUACCUCUCCUCGUCACCUUACUUUUACUCCUUUCCUUUCCUUUUCUCCUGUCUUUAUGUCCUUUCCUUUCUUCUUGUUGUAAUACCAACGCAGCCAACUUAAUUUUACACCGGAAUAUCCCUUUAACCUUUCCUUACCUUAUUUCCUUUUCACCUGACCUUACCUCCUUUCCAUCACCCCUUACCUUAUCUUCUUUUCUUUCACCCUCCCUUUGCUUGCCUCCUUCUUUCCUUUCCUUUCUCUUGUCCUGUAUCUUCUCACUCUUUCUUUUUUCUCUCCAUCUUUAUCCCCUUUGACCCUCCUCUUCGUUUCCUUCACCUCUCCCUUACUUUCCUCCUCGUUUCCUCUUCUUCACUCAGUCCUGUGUGUCUCAGUCGGUUCCUGAUGCUGCGGCUCCCUCUAGUGGUCACAACAGGAAACUGUCACUGCAGAAAAAUGUGUUUCAUUUGCAUUUAUUCCUCAGACUCAUCAGGUGUUAAAAUGACUUUCUCAAAUAUUUUGAGUUAUUUGUUCAAUUUGACAUAAAGCUGAUUUGAGCAGCAAAGAUUUUUUAUAUAAAUGUUUUAAGAAGUUUUCACUAAAUUCUUGCAAAAUAAACUCAAGAGUAAAGUUUUAUUUCUUCUGUUUCAGGUCAGUACGCUGCUCAAAACCCUCCACCGUAUGGUAAGAACACGCCUGAAGCUGCAGAUUUGACAUUUUUUAACGAUUUUUCACAUUUAAUCCAAAAACCACAACCAGUGAAUGAAUUUUGUUCAUGAGGUUAUAAAUAAAUAUCAUCACCUCGUCUAAUUUUCUAGAGAUCUUUAAAAAAGGAAUUUAAACCAGACUCCUUUAUUUUACCCCACAGGUGCAGGGCCGCCUGUGGGCGGGGCCAGUGGUCAGAUGGUCGCCACAGCGACCCACCCCUUUACAGGGCAGCAGCCCGGCGACCUCAGCUUCGUCCCAGGGGACCACAUCACCAUAAUCACCAAGACCGACUCCCAGUACGACUGGUGGGAGGGGCAGCUGGCUGACGGGCGGGUCGGGAUCUUCCCUGCUAACUUUGUCACGUUCUGA